CGGUGCAUUGGCCCGUGCAUUUCCUUUUUUGGGAGCCAAAAAAAAGGCGGAGGAAGCUCCGAUGUGCCCUCCUCUCGCCUCCAGCUGCUGCGUCAGUUGGGGUGUGUUCACGGACCCUCCCUCCCACCGGACCAGUUUAGUGGAACUCCAGCAAGCUCGGUCACUCAUCCUGCCUUUAACUCUUCAAAGCACAGCUGCCACACGCAGACAGCCAUGUUCUUUGCCAAAAAAUUCAUCAGCGGCAUCAUUGAUGUUGUCAGCAACAUCGACCCUGAGCAGUUUGUGCCCUCUCAGCCUCCUCCACCACGCAGGCCCGUCGCAUAUGCAGAGCAGCAUGAAAGUGAUGAGGAGAAGCAGUUCCGCAGGGUUUUCCAGCAACUUGCAGGAGAUGACAUGGAGGUGAGCCCAUCUGAGCUGAUGAACAUCCUGAACAGAAUCAUUGGAAAGCGUAAGAUCCUGUUCACCAUUCACGUAUUUUUUUACGGAGACCUGAAGACAGACGGUUUCAGCAUUGAAUCUUGCAGGAGCAUGGUGGCAGUCAUGGAUAGCGACAGCACUGGGAAACUAGGCUUCCACGAAUUCAAACAUCUCUGGAACAACAUCAAAAAAUGGCAGGGCGUGUAUAAGACAUACGAUAGAGAUGGCUCCGGGACCAUUGGUGCGGACGAGCUGCCAAAUGCCUUCAGAGCUGCUGGGUUCCCGCUCAAUGAUCAGCUCUUUCAGAUGAUCAUUCGCAGAUACAGCGACGAAAGUGGGAACAUGGAUUUUGACAACUACAUCGGCUGCCUGGUGCGGCUUGAUGCUAUGUGCCGUGCCUUCAAAACCUUGGAUAAGGACAACAAUGGGACAAUCAAAGUCAAUGUUCAAGAGUGGCUGCAGCUGACCAUGUACUCUUGAGUCCUGACAAACCCCCGCCUGCUUGUUUUAUGAAACCACUGUAGCCACAUAUUCCCAAAUGUUUUAUCCAUAAUCCAAAACGCUUCCUCUGUUACUAAAAGUCCCUUGUGCGUGCAGGUUGGCAUCGGUAGUUACUGAACCGGGGUCAGAAUUGACAAAAUUGGCAAAGAAUAUUGAAAACCUGCAGGCAGAACGGCAGUCACUGCUGAGGAUAAGAAAAAAAUGCUCCUCUAGGGGGCGGACAGGAAUUCAGCCAUCAUGGAAGAGGUGUUAAUGUUGAAUAUGUGUCAUUUCUUCAGCUUGUUUAGUCAAAAAUAGCAUAAAAGAAGGCGGUCCAAGCUCAAGAAUCCCCACACCUGUCAAUGUGUGACAUAUCUGAUGUGAAGGUAGCACUGCUCUGUGGCUGGUUUUACAAGGAGUGUUUUUGACUGUUUUCUGAUAUUCUUAUAUUCUCUGUACCUGACAGUUGUUCUCAUAGCACAAUUGGGCAUUUUGGAGUUUUCAAAUAUUCCCAUCUUCACCCCAAAUGCAAAUAUUUUAAGCAAUACUUACACCUUACAGCUCUUUGUAAAGCUAAGAUGAGAGAGUUGGCUUAAGUAAUCACAAUCAAAACAUCAACAAACCGUAGGUUUAAGGCAUGAAAUGGCAGCACAAACAUUAACCCACAGAGUUGUUUCCACCUGUUUCCCCAGUUAAGAUUCCUCUUUUAAAACACGGGCGGGUGUUAAAAAAAAGUUCUAGAGUGACAACUAUGUGUCUUUUCUAUUGGCCUGUUAGACCUGUUGUGGGAGAUGGUAUUCCUUGAGCAAUCAUUAAUGCUUGGAAGCUUGUGACUCACAAAGCUUUACCCAACCGGAGGACUACCCACCUCUCACAGUUGAAAUCACCCUUUAAAUCCAGUGAGCAGAAAUCUGUACUAACUUAAACAAUAAUGUGGGAUGACCAAGCACCUUUUAUCACUGCUUAAAGAAAGGUUUUGUUAAGUCAUUAGUUAUGGUACACUCAGAACCUUUUUUCACAAACGUUUUGCACCAGAACUGCACUCUUCUUCUUGAAUUUAUAGCUAGUUGAAAUCUAUGGAUCUUCUCUAUAAAGUUAGGCCAUUUCAUUUUAGAAUGUGGAAUUGCGUACUCGACAUAUCUUACUACAAAUGUGUAUUAACAUCCUAAAAGACCAUGUUUAUUUAGGCAGGCCAUUUAAUGUUCUGGACUCACGAUUCAGCCUUGCUUUGCUUAUCAGUGUACACUUUGGCAGAGUGUCAGUGCAAUCUGUGAAUUGAAUAUAUAUUAUGAAUAUAUGUGUGUGCCACUAAUGCAUGAAGCCAGUGCUAGGGGCUCUAUUACUGAGGGUUUUAAUCGUGUAGUUCCAGCUACAGUCACUAAACUGUUACUCAAAGUGCUCAUGUCAAAGGAAUUUCUGUGCCAUAUUUGGAAUAAAAGGAACCUAUUAAAUAUACA